AUGUCGAAUGUCAACGGCGUUAUAACCGCCAUUCCUCCACCUGAUGGCUAUGAGGUCAACUUUGCGAACCCGCAGAGAAGGCUGCUCACAGAGGCCUAUGUCAUCUUCACAGUCGAGAACAUCCUAGCGCUUAUGUUCCUUGGGCAGCGGCUUUAUACCAAAGUUCGUCUCAUGAAGCAGUUCCAGAUUGACGACGCCUUCGUUAUUCUCGGUUGGGCCUGCUCGGUGGGAACCCAGGGUAUUUUGAUCACUGGUUUCUCCACUGGCAGCAUGGGCGUACACGCCUGGGAGAUUCCAAUUGAGAAGUACGCCUUCUAUUCACGGAUCACGCUCUGUAUCUUUUACAGUCGCCUCUCUCCAUCCGUAGCCUUCCAAUGGGCUGUUUGGACAACCGUCGUUAUCUGCGCCAGUUCAUACAUCGCGAUCUUCUUCAGUCUGCUAUUCGCAUGCAAGCCCAUUGCUGCCAGUUGGGACCCAUUGUUGCGCCCAACUGCGGCAUGCGUCAACCAAGGAGCGAUUUAUAUCGCUACGGCUGUGAUUGGGAUCGUAACGGAUGUGAUGCUGAUCUCGAUUCCCGUUCCGACUAUCUGGGGCCUGCAAAUGCCGACGAAACAGAAAAUUGGACUAACUCUUAUGUUCGGCGUCGGAUCAAUCACAAUGGUCACGUCUAUUAUUCGCCUCAUUGUUUUGAUCCCAGCUCUAACAGAUAUGGACCAAACCUGGAUCAUAGCCGUAGGCUCUUUGUGGAUCAUCAUCGAAAGUAACUUGUUCGUCAUAUGCUGUUGCUUACCGACCCUGCGGCGCUUCCUCAAGCACGUCGCACCGCGACUUAUUGGCGAAAGUCGCUCAUCUGAAAACAAAGACUCGUCUGAUCGCAAUCACGGAUUGCGGACUUGGGGAAGUGAAAACACAGGCCCGAAGCGCAAGUACGAUACUUUGAUGCGUACAGUAGACGGCACAACGCAAGGGGACGGCGAUGACGAGAUUCCCCUCGCCAGCGUCCCGAACAAAGCAGGCUUUCGCGACCGAGAACGCAAGGUACCGAUCGGAAACGUCGAGAUGAAGGGAGACAAUGAUAGCGAGGAAGCUAUCUUGUAUGAGCGGACCGUCCAGGUUACUUAUGACGGCGGCGCAGGAGGCGACCCCGCGAAUCCGUACACACGUCAGGUCUGGGCAGGGGGGCAACACAAUCCUACAAAUCUGUAG